UGGUAUUGCAAUGUAAACAAAAGCCUGAUUCUAUUAUUGUUCAGCCGGAAACUGUUGACGCACGUCGACAAGGAAUAAAAAUAUGUCGUUACAUCCCAAAUGACAAAUUAGAAUGGAAAACACAGAAUCGUUCAAGUGUUACGAUUUAUGGACUACUACUCGAGGUAAAACAAUAUCAUGUACACGAUCAUUCAAAUUCAUUUCAAUAUCAACAAAUACGCAACACUCAGAAUGUGUCCUAUGAGCCAGCAAUAAUUUCACAAACGCCAUCACCACCACCAUUUAAAACAAAAGUUAGUACUAUAUCCAACUCAGAAAACAUAUCUUCACCUACUACAGAGAAGACUCAUCGAGAAUCAAUGUCAAAAAAGCGAAUAGCAUUGUUAAUCCUACUAGUCAUAGCAACUAUUCUACCAAUAUCUGCUCUAAUCUUUGGCCAGGUAUACAAAAAUGAUUGUCCAAUUCAACCUUGGAUUCCACGAUGGAUGACUAUUUUUGGAGCCGUAGGUUUGGCUACCUUUGGUUUGCUUUUUAUUAUAUUGCUUAUAACGUUUAAAAGUUGCUCUGAUGAUAUUAAUAUUGGAGGUUGUAUCAGUGGUUGUGUCUCAUGUUUAUUAGUAUUCUUCUUUCUCGGAUGGUUAAUAACGGGAAGUGUAUGGGUAUUUCCUGCGAACUCGAAAGUUCAAUACAAUCAAUACAAUGAAACAAAUUACUGUCAAGAAAAUCUAUAUAAGUUCACAUUCGGGUUAUUGCUCGCACAAUAUUCGCUGAUUGGUCUUGUCAUAUGCUGUGGUGGUAUUCUAGCCUUAUUGGGUUUAUGCCUUGGCUAA